AUAUUGUAAUGGACACGUAUGGUGACAGAUGCAGAUGACGAGAAAAAGUUUCCUAAGUUUGUUUUUCACCUUUGCAGUUACUGGUUUUAUAGCAUGCAGCUCAGAUGUUAAGUUAGCCACUGUCCCAGACAUUAAUCUGUUGUACACCUCUGAGAACCUUUUCAUGCAAAUAGUGGAACCAGAAGAAAUAAGCUACAUCUACAAAAUUAAACCAGCCAAAAACUUUGGUGGAGAAUUUGAAAAAGUUUACCAUCACAUACCCCUUGUUGUUGCUGAUCCUUACAAUGGCUGUAGUAAAUUGGCCAAUCAGAGACAAGUUGAUGGAGCAGUGGUGCUAAUACAGAGAGGUGACUGUUCUUUUGUAACCAAAACAAUCAAUGCCGAGAAUUCCGGGGCUGUGGCAGUAUUAAUCACCGAUAACGAUGCUGAGAAUGACGAAGCACAAAUACAGAUGGUACAGGAUGGCACGGAAAGAGAGGUCCACAUCCCUAGUCUCUUCUUACUGGGCAAGGAUGGCUACAUGAUUAAAGCCACUCUGGAGAAGUACAGAAUGGAUGGAGCCAUCGUUAACAUUCCAUUCAACAUAACAGGGAUGCCCCUUAUGAUGAAUCAACAACCCCCCUGGACACUAUGGUGAUAAUAGUCCCAGUCAAAUAAGACAGUCCUCAAUUACCCUUAUUUUCUUACUGAGCAGAAUAAUCAAGUUUUCUCUCUUCCUUAUGUGACAUUGAUCUGUGAUAAAGCUGUUCAACCUGCUUUCACUGCUAGUUAGCUCUACUGAUCAGAGACCAGAAGAGCUUAUGCGAUAGUAAGGUGUCCGUCGUCCGUCCGUCUGUCUGUUUGUCUGUCUGUCUGCCCGUCUGUCUGUAAACAAUUUUUCAAAAUGCUACUCCUCCUACAGUUUUGGUCUGAUUUCAAUAUAGCUUAGCACACAAGUAGACUACACUGAGAUACACAAUUUGGUGCAUCGGUUUUUGAUUUCAAUGAACGGUGUUGCCAUGGUUACUAAAAAUAGAAAUUUCUGUGAAGUUCCUUUAAAACGCUACUCCUCCUACAGUUUCGGUCUGAUUUCAAUAUAACUUGACACACAAGUAGACUACACUGAGAUACAUAAUUUAGUGCAUCAGUUUUUGAUUUCGAUGAAUGAUGUUGCCAUGGUUACUGAAAAUAGAAAUUUCUGUGAAAUUCCUUUAAAAUGUUACUCCUCCUACAGUUUUGGUCUUAUUUCAAUUUAACUUGGCACACAAGUAGACUACACUAAGAUACAUAAUUUAGUGCAUCGGUUUUUGAUUUUGAUGAACGAUGUUGCCAUGGUUACUAAAAAUAGAAAUUUCUGUGAAGUUCCUUUAAAACGUUUCUCCUCCUACAGUUUUGGUCUGAUUUCAUUAUAACUUGGCACACAAGUAGACUACACUAAGAUACAUAAUUUAGUGCAUCGGUUUUUGAUUUCAAUGAAUGGUGUUGCUAUGGUUACUAAAAAUAGAAAUUUCUGUGAAAUUUCUUUAAAAGGCUACUCCUCCUUCAGUUUUGGUCUGAUUUCAGUAUAACUUGGCGCACAAGUAGACUACAUUAAGAUACAUUAUUCUAUUUAUUGCUGCUUGUUGCAAAGUUUCAAAUCCAAGUGCUACUUUUCCUUUGUUAUAUGUACCGGUACAGACCAGUAGAGCUACAGUCUCGUCAGAGACUUCUGGUUUUAUGUUGCAAUAUAAUGUAGUUGAUUGUGAAAUACAUUAGAAAUAAGUAUUACAGUAAAACUUGUUUAGUACGUACACGGAUAUAGUGAAUUUACAGAUAUAGCAAAGUUUUUUUGCAAUCCCUGGAAAAAUUCUUUACAAUUUCUUAUAAAAUUUUACAGAUAUAACAAACUUGGAUAUAGUGAAUUUACGGUUAUAGCGAACUGAUUAGGGAUGUGCUUUUAUCGGUAUACCUGUAUAUCGUGAUUUUUAAUUGCGUGAUACGUAUUGUGAUACGGAGAGUAAAAUAUCGGUAUUUAGGUACAUAGUUAUAAAUUACAGAAAUUAUUCAUUUAUUUGUUCAUUCUUUCAAAUUACAAUGAAAGGAAGUGUAAAAAAUGUUGAAACCUCCAAAAUUGCUUCAUAUUAUG